AUGACUGAAGCUGUUGUUGGUUUUGUGUUGGAGAGGUUGGAAAAUUUGCUCAUCCAUGAAGCAGAUUUGCUCCGUACAGUCAAGGGCGAUGUUAAUUUGCUUCAGGAUGAUCUUCGCAUUAUGAAUGCAUUUCUCAAAGAUUCUGAAGGGAAAGGAGACGGUCAGGAAAUGGUGGAGGUGCUAAUCGACCUAAUCAGAAAAGCUGCUUUUGGGGCUGAGGAUGUCAUAAACACAUACAUGGCUCAAGUUAUAAAGCAAAGGAGAAGGAAGCUGCCGAUGAAAUUGUUCCAUUGCUUUGAUCAAGCACUCGUGCUUCACCAAGCUCAAUCUCGUGCAAAUGAAGAGGCAGAACAAUCACUUCAACAACGCCGGAGAAAUGUUGAGGAAGAAGAUGUGGUAGGCUUUGGCAAUGACACAGCAAAAUUGGUCUAUCAGCUUCUCGAUCGAAGCAGAUCACAACGCAAGGUAAUUUCAAUCAUAGGCAUGGGUGGUUUGGGAAAGACCACACUUGCCAGAAAAGUUUACAACAAUACUCGUAUCAAGAAUCAUUUUGCUCACUGUGCUUGGGUUAAUGUAUCUCAAGAAUACAAAACCAGAGCGUUGAUUCUUGAUAUAUUGAAGUGCGUUGGGCCAAUAUCAGAAGAAACAUAUAACAUGUCUGAUGAAAAACUUAAAGGCGAAUUGCGUGACAAGUUGAAAGGAAAGAGGUAUUUUGUCGUCAUGGAUGACGUGUGGAAACCUCAAUUUUGGGAUGAGAUGAGAGCAUGUUUUCCCAAUGACUCAAAUGGAAGCAGAAUAUUAAUCACUAGUCGGGAAAAAGAAGUUGCUUCGAAUGCGGGCUCAAAUCCUCCUUAUUUCUUACCAUUUCUUGAUAAGGAAGAGAGUUGGGAACUCUUAUGCAAAAAGGUGUUUCAAGAAGAAAAAUGUCCUUCAAAUCUGGAAAGUCUCGGGCGGCAACUUGCAGAAAGUUGUAAAGGCCUACCGCUUUCUAUUGUGGUAUUGGGAGGUAUUCUGGCAAAGAAAGACAAGACACCCCAAACAUGGUCCAAUCUUAUUGGCAAUGUCAAUUGGUUCCUCAUCGACGAUGACAACAAGCGUUGUUCAGAUAUUCUCGCUCUGAGCUACAGCUACUUGCCACGUAAAUUGAGAGUAUGUUUCUUGUAUGUCGGUGUCUUCCCUGAAGAUUUUCUGAUCCCUGCAAGGACAUUAAUUCAAAUGUGGGUUGCUGAAGGAUUCAUAUCUGUUCAAAAUGACAGCAGAAAAAUGGAUGAAAUUGAUGUUGCUGAAUACUACUUGGAACAGCUCAUCGAUCGAAGUUUGAUCCAGGUAGCAAGUAGGAAAAGCGACGGAGGCGUGAAGACGUGUCGUAUCCAUGACCUUGUAAGAGAUUUCUGCAUAAAGAUGAGCAUUCAAGAGAAAUUUUACGAGGUUCGUGUGAAUAGUGCUGACCUUAGACGUUCAUCAAAUAGUAGCAUCCCUCGAAGACUAUCCAUACAAGGUAACAUUGAUUCUGAAAGCAUUUCCUCUUCAAGGACUAGCAAUAAUUCAAUUUCUGUUGGGUCCUUGUUGUUAUUUAACUCAUAUUCUCAUUACAACCCUCUGAAAUGGGCUUUGAAGAACUUUAGGUUUGUCCGGUUGUUGUCUGUUGAGGUUAGUGAUUCAUCUCAUCGUUCCCGUACUUUUCCUAAGGAAAUAGGACAGCUAGUAUUUCUAAGAUACCUUAAGAUAGCAUAUACGGGCCGAAUUCGUAUGGCAUCUGCGGGCAGACGUUAUUUAGUUUAUUAUUGGAAAUCAUUUCCUGCUUCCAUAUGCAAGCUUCCAUAUCUUGAAACAAUUCACGUGGAAGGAUGGAUUGUCAAGUACAUUCCAAAUGAGAUAUGGAUGAUGAAGCAAUUAAGACAUCUCUGCGCAAGAUAUGGAAUAGAAUUAAAACCACCUUCAAAAAUUGGUCACACUUUGAGCAAUCUGAAAGUCCUUUCCUUUGUACAGAUUGAUGAAUCUAUGGCGUCGGAAAUAUUGGCAAGUCUAGAGUCUUUGCGAAACCUGCAAAUCUUGAAAUUGAGUAACUUCAAAUUUUGGCAGCAGUUGGAUUUGUUCCCAUCAUCAUCAUCGUCAUCAAAACUCACCAAGAUUACAUUUGUAGGCUGCGAAUACUUGGACUCAAACCACUUGAUGGGAAGUCUUGGGAAACUUGCGAACUUACGGAUCCUAAAGAUUAGAGGACGGCUUAGUUCUCCUUCGCAGCUACAUUUCAUGGCGGGUGAAUUUCCGCAGUUGGAAGUCUUUAAAAUGAUUGGUUUAAGAGAUAUUGAAACGUGGGAACUCGAGACACAUGCAAUGCCCAACCUUAAGCAUCUGGUUAUAGAGCGAUGUACAAGCUUGAGAAACCUUCCUGAUGAACUCUGGAGCUUGGCCAACCUCAGAAUGGUAGAGGUAUCGAACAUCGAAGCAGAUUUGAAGGAGAAGCUCGUGAUCAAGCAAUCAAAGAUGAAGGAGGAGGGAUAUUCUUGCAAACUCAUCAUAAAUUGA